UUUACCACCGCCAGAAGAAGAACAACAAAAGCAGCCACAGAUUUUCAGGGCAGUUCCACAUCACCUCCUACCUCUGGGUUCACAAUUGCUUUAAUUUAGAGAAAAUGUAACUGGAACCAAACAGAGUAAUGACGUCAGCAGGCUUGUGAGGACGAGUAGCUAGUCAGGAACAGCCGCUGUUAUUGUUUCCAGGCUUGUUUUCGUUUAAUUCGGCAGCUAAGCUAGCUUGUAGGUUAGCUGUUCAUCAACUGGCUCGUCCACGUCUGACAGACUGUCUGACCUGAGAUAACCAGCCGGUGUUUAACGUUACCGUCCAAUUAAUCCGACACCUCUGCCUCAGCUUUCCCGGCGCUAUCUAAUCGUCAGUGUAGAGAUGGGAAAUCUGGGCAGCAGGUUCCAGUCCCCCUCUCAGGGACCAGAGGAGUUCGUAGAGGGUACAGCUACCAGCCGCAAGCAUGGGUGCGAGUGUAAGAAGAGGAAACGAAAUGCCCAGUGUGACUGUGAAAGUGAACAAGAGGACGAUGAUGCCAUACUAGAUACACCUCGCAGGAAGAAAUUGAAAAGCACAUCACGUUACAUUUAUCAGACUUUGUUCCUGAACGGGGAAAAUAGUGACAUUCGCAUCUGUGCUCUGGGACAAGAGUGGAACCUCCACAAAGUCUACCUGUGUCAGUCAGGCUAUUUCUCUAGCAUGUUCAGCGGCUCCUGGAAGGAGUCCAAUAUGAUGGAAAUCAACUUGGAGAUCCCAGACCAAAACAUCGACACUGAAGCGCUACAAGUGGUAUUUGGAUCACUGUACCGGGACGACGUUCUGAUUAAGCCCAGCAGAGUCGUCAGUAUUCUUGCUGCUGCUUGUAUGCUACAGCUGGAUGGCUUGAUCCAGCAGUGUGGCGAGACUAUGAAGGAAAACAUCAGUGCUAAGACUGUCUGCGGCUACUAUGCUUGUGCCAGUAUCUAUGGCUUGGAUUCAGUCAUGAAAAAGUGUCUUGAGUGGCUUCUGAACAACCUGAUGACCCACCAGAAUGUGGACCUGAUGAAAGAACUUGGAUCUGAGGUGAUGGAGCAGCUCAUCCAGUCCUCAGACCUGUUUGUCAUGCAGGUCGAGAUGGAUGUUUACACUGCUCUGAAAAAGUGGAUGUUUCUGCAGCUUAAUUUGUCAUGGGAUGGCCCCAUCAAGCAGCUUCUGGCUGAUGCUGAUGCCUGGCUUUGCAAACGCAGGACAGACCUGUGUGAGAAAGAGCCCUUCUUGAACACAGAAGAGGGCAUUCCUUUUCGUUCAGUCUUCAAAUAUGUUCGUCUGCAGUAUAUCAUCAAUGAUCUGGCAUCUGCGCGCAUUUUGGAGAGAGAUAAUAUUUUGCCCCCUGAUUGGUUAACAUCUGUGUACAAAAACCAGUGGUUCGCUAUGCUUCGGACAGAAUUUGACAAUGAUAACGGACCCCAUGAAGCUAACAAAGAGGAGUUUGAGCUGAGCAGUAUGAGAUGUGGCAGGAAACUGACUAAAGAUGGAGACUACUGCUGGCGAUGGACAGGCUUUAACUUUGGUUUUGACCUGCUGGUCACCUACACAAACCGUUUCAUCGUCUUCAAAAGAAAUACUCUGAGUCAGCCAUGUGGGGGCGCUGUGAGCCUUCAACCUCGAAGACAUCUGGCAUACAGGUUACGUCUCGCCUCCUUUGAUAGCCGUGGAAAACUGGUCUGCAGCCGCUCCACAGGUUACCAGCUUCUCACCCUUGAAAAAGACCAGGAGUAUGUGGUGAUGAACCUGGACAGCCGGUUGUUAUCAUUCCCCCUCUAUGUGUGCUGUAACUUCCUGUAUACGUCGCCUAAUUCAGACCACCGUCCAGACUCCUCAGAACAGGAGAGCACUGCUCCUAGCGUGUCUUGAUGCCCUGCGCAGCAGCCAUUAGCUAUUACCUUUCCUCUGGUAAUGCUGGGACACUGACACAAGCUUGUAUGUACAAUCCACCAACACAUUGAAAUCAUGUUGACAUUGGCCAUAUCAUCUGCAUGCUGUGUAACUCAGUGAGGUAUUUUGGGAAACUGUUUUGUAUCUAUGUAUUGAGUGUUCAGGCACAUUCAGAGUUGGCGACGUAAAUAUCACAGUGGCCAGGAAGGAGUAGGCCAUGCUUUGCCUUCAGAGCAGCUUCACACUUUGGACCUCUGCCAUGAACUGUCUGCACUCUGAUGUCGGACCAUUUCUUAAAACGGAAAACCUUGAAGUCUAUGGGGAUGGCUGAAAAUCUGCUUUGACCUCUUCAGAACUUUAAAUAACAGCAGCACGGUGUUUAGAUCUGGUGAUUGUGAAGAACAUGGAAGAGUUGCUCUCAAUAUCUUGUUUGCAUGGGAACGUCCUCGUCCUCGAUUAUGGGAACCUCACGAGGGAACAAAUACCGGCUUGUAUGGUAUUCUCUAUGUCUGUUACUCGUUCUGACCUCAUGUGCAUGGACUUUGGGGUGAUGGUCAAAGGUGUGGCCCUUCGUGGACGUGUUUUCCACUUGAGGCAUAAAUGGCACACAAAACAGCACCUGUUAUUUGUAUUGACUUGAAUUGAUUGGCUCUGUGUAUGAAGGAAAACACCACAUACAUCAGCAGUGUCAUGAAGAGUCUCGACUACCAAACACAUAUUUUACAUGGCUCGUUGUGGCUGAAUCCAAAAGGAAAAGGCACUGUACAAUCUCAGCCAAAAGCUGUCAAGACUCAUUUAUAGUCUUUAACAACAACUGCUGCCGUUUGCAUAUCAGCUGGUAGAGAUUCAACGUCAUACCUGCUACCACUUGUUCUCCGUUUAAAUCACAUUCAGUUCUACUAUGUAGCAGCUUCUGUUAAAGCAUAGCCCCUCACAGAUUGUACUCAGUGUCAACUCUGCACUUUGUAAAAUAACAUUAUCUGCAAAAUUACAUUUAUAAAACCUCAAAAAAAAAGCUUCACUUGAUAUAAGUGAACUAGUGAAGCCCUCGGUCUUUGUGGGUUAGCCUCGUUCACAUAGUUUACAGUUCGAUCACUGACACCAGCUCUCUGAUGAGGAAACACUUUACAUUUUAGAUCUUUGGAACUAUCUGCAGUAUUUACCAGCUACACUGUCAAAUAUCUUUCUACUGGUGUUUUUAAGAGCAAUUUUGAAAGUCUGUUGUUACCUCAUGGUGCAAGAAAAUUGUGGUGGUUUUCAGUGGACUGUUUACUAGAACUCAUUCUAGUCAGUUUCGCUCGCCUGUACAACUGUAACUGUCAUUAACUUCAAAGUUAAAAUGUGUUUUUUUUGUUUGGCAUGUAUUUAUUUUUUACUUCAUUUGUAUUUGUAUGGAUUUAUUUUUGCAAAAGAAAAUGUGUAUACGAUUCUCGACAGCCAAUAAACUGCCCAUUCACAUGGGCUGUGGUGCUAUCACAUGA